AUGAAUUCAACCAAUAUUCGUGUAAUUUUCUUAUAUGAGUAUAAACUUGGUAAUAAUGCUGCAAAAGCUGCACGCAAUAUAAACCAGGCGUUUGGAGAGAAUACUGUGAACGAUCAAAAAGUGCAGCGUUGGUUUGAAAAAUUUCGGUCUGGUGAUUUUUCCCUGCAAAAUGAACCGCGUGGGAGAUCUCAAACGUCUGUGAAAAAUGAUGCUCUGAAAGCAUUGGUGGAAACGAAUCCAACUAUUUCUUCAAGGGAACUUGCUGCCAGAAUGAAAGUUGACCAUACAACAAUAUUGCGACAUCUUUCUGAAAUUGGCAAGGUGAAAAAAAUGGAUAAGUGGAUACCGCACGAACUAACCGAGCGAAAUAAGCUGGAUCGCUUGAACGUAUACUCAUCAUUGCUAACCCGAUUUAAUCGAGAUCCAUUUUUCGAUCGGAUCAUUACUUGUGAUGAAAAAUGGGUUCUUUACGACAAUAGGAAAAGGUGUGCUCGGUGGCUUGAUAGGGAUGAGGCUUGUGCUCAUACUUCACGGAAAAUUUUAAUCACAGUUUGGUGGAAUGUGACUGGAGGAAUCUACUCAUUCCUUCGAACUGGAAUGACAAUUACAGCCGAAAAGUAUUGCCAGUACAUUGAAGAAAUGCAUGAAAAAUUGAAAAUUAUACGUCCAUCACUUGUUAAUCGGCAUGGCCCAAUACUUUUUCACGACAACGCUCGGCCGCAUACAUCAUACAAAACAAUUGUGAAAUUAAAUGAAUUAAAAUAUGAAAUUUUGCAGCACCCACCUUAUUCACCGGAUCUUUCGCCAACUGACUUUCAUUUAUUUAAACAUUUAGAACUGUUUUUACGGGCUAAACAGUACGAAAAUGAAGACAGUCUGAAAAAUGCCAUAUCAGAGUUCCUUGAUUCUAAAGAUCAGAAUUUCUUCAAGACAGGCAUCUAUGCAUUAAAAUCUCUUUGGGAAAAAUGUAUUGAAGUAUAUAUUGGAGCAUAUUUUGAUUAA